AUGUUCCUAGUGAACAUUCACAUGAGUGACCCUAAGAAAGACUGCGUCAACGAUGCAAAAAGGAGAACGCUUGAGUACGACAGCCUUUGCCGUAUUAAGCCAUUGAUGGGUGCCAUGUGGAUUGCAAGUCGAGCGUACUACCAUCCUUACAGAACUCUGUCUAUCGAUGAGCGAAUGAUGGCAUCUAAGGCUAUAUCUCAAAAGCCUCAAUACAUAAAGGCUAAGCCGGUCAAGUGGGGCUUCAAACUCGUUGUUUUGGCUGACUCCAGCGAUGGCUACACCAUUGACAUCAGUGUGUACACUGGAAAGUCAAACUUCUCCUCUGGCAACAGACAUGCCUACGACGCUGUCAUGCGUCUCAUUCAGCCAUCCUACUUGGGCACUGGUUACCAUCUCUAA